AUAUGAUCAAGUUCAAGUGGUCAUCAAACUUAAAUAUGUGCUCUCACUUCUGAUAACUGAAAGUUGUAACAAGUAUGUAGUGUUGAUGAUUAUAUGAAAUGAUAUGAUAAUGAGACAGUGUUGUACUAUGGCGUGCUGAGUCAUUGUCCGUGCUGUCUGCUUGCCGUCGACCUGGAUAGCACGCCACGCCGUCCACAACGUCCCAGGUGAACAAUAGUACUACGAUUCUUGUGUGAACUGCCAGUGGGGUUGAAGAGAUGGAUUCGUAAGCUCUUCUUGGUGCUGCAUCAGCGAGUUGAUGCAAAACUAGUACGUAGUUCUGGAUGGAGGCGUUUGCGGAGCAACAAGAACGGCUGACACAUCGUCUUUACCGAGGGUAUCUAUUCGUGAAGAAUCAAUGCGGCCAAGAACAGCUACAGAGGCGCGGGGCUAAGAACAGCUACAGUGUUGAACAUUGUUCGGCCAUUUAGUGGAGUAGAGACCCGGCUGUUGCUAGGAUCGUCUGCGUUCAGAAAAGUAGAUUUCAAGUGGCUAGUAACGUACCAUCCGUAUUCAAUGGCUUUCCGAGAUCAUCGUAUGCUGUGCCGAUCAGGUCUGACAGCACUUCCCUGAACGAGUGGACUCAUCUUAUGCCAGAGAGGAGUCAUGAGACGAAGCACCUCUCUUGAGCUUUUCUCCACUUUCUGCUGUAGGCAUACACAACGACUACCAUCAUGGAGCUGAAGGGGUUUAAUCUGCUUUUGCGGCAACUAAGGCUGCCGACGUGAGGUGCACGUGCCUCGCUGUCGCAAGGAAAGCUUGUUCGGUUGGUCAUAACAUCUGCGGCAAAUACUAGGGUAAAAACGAGAAGAAACCAGAAGAUCCGAGCACUAUCUUGCGUCUAAGAGCAACAGAAUCACUUUGCUGGGCGUGGAGGUGAACGACCAUCUAGUUGAUGCAAGAGUCUCCACCUAGGCGGACCCAAGAACAAAGCCUGUAGAGGACUACUUACAUCAAAUACAUACUCCCUGCUACUUGUUUUCUGCCUCAUCUCUCAAUAGAGAGAGAAAAACAUCCAACAAGAUGGAUCUGCAGCAACAGGAGGAUAUGAACGGCGUGCGCAUGUCGUGGAAUUUGUGGCCAAAUAAUAAGAACGACAUGAAUCGAAUAGUCGUGCCACUCGGUUGCGUCUACACGCCGUUGAAGCAGGUAACUAUAGUUUAGACUUAUGUUGCCGACAUGGACAUCAGGAACUUGGAUUUACUCGAAAACUCAAAAUAAGCGAGUUACUGACUGAAAUAACAGAGUCAUUACAUUGGUCUUGUUUCAGUAUCUCGCAUCUUCUAAUUAGUUGCUUGCUUAUUCCAGUUUAUCGAAACUAUGAAUCGGAAUGGUGUUGGUUUACAUUUGUUGGAGUUACAAUUUAAAUGUCAAUCCGUUUCAUGUAGUACACGAAUCUUCAUGUCUGAUUCUAAUUUAGAACAAUCAAAUCAACUUGUCGCAUGAUUUAGAUUUAUACUUUCAGCUCCUUGCGAUAAAUCUUCAGAGUAGCAACAACGUUUGUUGGAUCAGUCUAUAGAAGUACUCCCAAACAAAUAACAGAUCACCGACAUGACGCUGGUAGCCUACGGCCCAAAACUCCCCAACAAAUAACAGAUCACCGACAUGAAGCUGGUAGCCUACGACCCACAGACGUGUAAAGGCUGUGCCGCAAUUUUGAACCCCUUCUGUUUUGUGGAUUUUCGCGCGAAAACCUGGACAUGCAAUUUCUGUGGUUACAAGCAGCCUUUUCCUCCGUACUAUUAAGGGGUGCAAGUUGACCGAUGAUCUAAAAGCAUAAAGUCUAUGACCUACUUUUCAAGGGGGAAAAGGAUGGAUAUGCGAGCUAGGUAGGUCAACUUGCGACCCCUAAGGCUUUGCGGAGCACAUAUCAGAAGCUCAGCUCCCACAAGAGAAAACUUCCUCUACCUUGGAAUACAUAUUGCCAAACGCGUCAUGCUUGCCUCCGGUGUUUCUUUAUGAGGAUGAACAAGGAUGCGCUCCGCUAUUCUCAUGUCCUGUGAAAGGAUGAAACUGUUAGUUAUAUAUUCUGUAUAAUAUUACAUGUUGAUGCUAAGGUUUCUUAAAGACUCACGGGUAGCACUUCAUUGUCUCUGCUCCGGAGCAGUGGUGCAUCGCUGUGGUUGUUCAAGGAGCUCUAAUACUUACUAGAAGUUCACUGAUAAUCUUACUACCUUCUCGUAUAGAUGUCAUUCCAUGCAACAGUCAUAGGCCAGACAUCGCUAACCUAAUCAUUAUCGCCCUCUUCCUUAUCCUUUAUCUCUACUUCUGAAUCUCCUUCUUUCAUAUUCUCUUUCUUUUGGACACAGCCUUGAAUACCAGAGAGGAUGAUGCGGAAUUUCAGAAAGCGAAGGAGACAUUGCAAACCACACUACAAACGAUGCCACAGUCGACGCUAGUAGGGUUUAUGAGUUUCGGUGCACUGGUAAACGUAUACGAACUAGGCUUUCAAGAAAUGGUAAAAAGCCACGCAUUUAUGGGGACGAAAGCGUAUUGAUGUGCUUUUUCUGAAAUUAAGUAUUUGGCUUUCUUCUAUCUUUCUAAUCUUCAGAGCCUCCUUGAAUCGGAAGUCUUGAGAUCACAUUCCUCUUCUCACUGUUCACCUGCCUGACCCCAGACCAUCUGAUACGAAUUUAUAGAUCAAGUAACAACAAGGUACUCGCGCGAGCAAGUAGCGAUGUUGCUAGGCGUUGGCUUACGGAACGAUCCACGAGCAGGUGCGCGAAGUGAGGCAGCGCAGAGGUUUUUAUUGCCAGUGCAAGAAGCAGAAUUCGCUUUGAACGCGAUACUGGAGGAUCUCAAACCAGAUAGCUGGUCUUUGAAUUACGGUGAACAAGCUAGACUAGCGGGUAGAAGUCGCCAGGGGAAUCUUAGGCAUAUCGCCGAGUAGAUUCACACCGUCACCAUUGUGAGUAGGUCUAGGCCUAGCUCUAGCGCCGUUACUAUGACUCGAAAGGAUGGACUCUCUCCAAGAGAGGCCGUAGCCAUUUUGGCUCAGAGAUACUAGCUGCGAAUAGUAAAAGGUCUAGCUCUAGUAAGUCUAGGUCUAGCUCUAGUACCCUGGAUGAAGGCUAUUGAUGAUCCAUCUGCUUCACAAUUUUUAGCGGCAGUCAGUAGGAGCAGUCGUCCUUUUCUAAUCAAAUCGGGAGAAACAACGGGUGCAGCGCUGCACAGGCGGGGCGUUGAAUAUAGCGGUGGGACUACUAGAGACGCUGUAUGCAGGUCACGCAGGCCGCAUAAUUUUGCUCACCAGUGGUCCUUGCACAGCAGGUCCAGGCAAUAUUGUCGGUCGUGAAAAGGCAGAAAACAUGCGGUCACAUUUGGACUUGAUGAAAGAGCAACCGAAUGCUAGGUACUAAAUACUUGAACAACUACUUGUUGAAGUUUUAAUAUGGGUUUGAGAUUUUGAUCUGAUAUUGCACUAGCACUUCGUUCUUAGAACCCACUGCAUGACCUUCUACCAACAGUUUAGAUCACACUCUCCUCCAUGACCUUCCUCCACUAAACCAGGUACGCCCAAGGCGCGAUGAAGUUCUACGCUGGUUUGGCAGCACGUGCAGUGAGCAUAGGGCAUACCAUUGACCUGUUCGCUUGUAGUCUGGAUCAGGUUGGAUUGCAUGAAAUGCGCGUGCUUGUGGAACGAACCGGAGGCUAUGUAGUCCUAGCAGAUGGUUUCUCAACAAACGUGUUUCGAGACAGCUUGUUGAAUUAUGCUGAAAGAUACUCAUGCUUUUUUUGUUGGUGGGAAUGAUGCAGACGCGCCUACCCUUGAAGCAAGAGAUCAAAUACGUUUUUCACGUGGACACGGAGCAAGCAAUCUUUCUAUCUCAGAUAGACAUGGAAUCUUGACCUUCUAAUUCUAGCUUUUCUCACGUGUAGACAGUGCAGGGAAUCUGGACAUGGGGUUCAAUGGCAAACUUACGGCAGUGUGCAGUAGAGAAUUCAAGGUGGCGGGAGCUGUUGGGCCUGUGUGCAGUUUGAGGAAAGGAGGAGGCAGCGUGACAGAUGCUGAGAUAGGUGAGGGUGGGACGACGGUGUGGGCGGUAACUUCAUUGGACAGAAGCACUUUAUGAAGCUCUACACAAAUCUUGCUCUUCACAAAUCUUGCUCUACUUCUCUGAAAAUCAUUAAACAUGUGCUGUGUUAGUUUAUAUUCUUCUAAUCUCUAGCAUAGCCUUCUAUUUUGAAGUGAACGACGAUAAGCCGGCAACGCAAGCAGCUUUUCUGCAGUUUCAGACGCUGUACCAUCAUCCAUCAGGGAAGAAACGAUUGCGAGUUACGACACUGGCGAGAGCGUAUUUUUCUCUGAUGCAUUCAGCAGCGCGCUGUCACUGCUUCUCAUCUGGUUUAUUUUCAAGUAACCUCUACUCAUUUGUAGUACUUCCCAGUACUCAACACUCCUACUUCUUUCUGCCCAUAGAAGAGCUUUUAUCUCAAAAUGAUCAUCAUGAUCGCAGGUUCUCAGACCCGUCAUUAGUCGACAUCGGUAGCGCUUUUGAUCAGGAGUGUGCGGCAGUAAUGGUAGCACGCUUUUGCAUGUUUCAAGUGGAAUCACAGGAGAAUUUCGACGUGAUGAGGAGGUUAGACCGCAUGCUGAUACGGAUAAUAAGCAAAUUCGCAGCUUACAAUCGUGGAGAUCCUAGCAGUUUUCAAUUAGUUAUGAACGGUUGGAAGAUAGUUGUAGUUAGAAGUAGAGGGUUUGCCGUUGUUGUGUGAGUAUCAGAAAUUGAUUGAUCAAAGUCCUUUUAUCCUGUUAUUCAACUGAGUUAUGUUUUGUUUUUUGUUAGAAAGUCCUUUUAUCCUGUUUUGUUUUUUGUUAGAAAGAACGUUUCUGGAAUUCUAAGUCUCUCGGGACUGUUAUCUAACUGAGUAUCAACAGCGAACCAAUGAAUAUCCUUUCAUCUUUCAUCUCUUGAUGUCCCUUUUUUGUCUUCCUUCUUCAUGCCAACCGAAGAGUUUACGCUUUUCCCGCAAUUCGUCUUCUACCUGCGACGGUCGCCAUUGCUGGAAACGUUUAACUGUUCACCUGACGAGACUGCUUUUUAUCGUGCCUGUUUUUACGGUGACUGACGUCGUAUAGAAGAUACAUCUUGGCACUACCAGGAAAUUAGCUAUUUAAUUAUACACGAUUCAACUUGGUAGUACCCUAACCCUUCUCUCGCAGAAUCAAUUGAUAUAAGUGCACGGAAAAGGGUUCGUUGAGGGGACCAAGAUGAAGCAACGCGAGCUCUAAUCUCUAGUACGGGAGAGUGUCACGAACUCGCUGGUGAUGAUACAGCCUGCGCUGAUGGAAUACUCGUUCGAGUCAAAUGCGCCAACACCAGUCCUCCUGGACUCUCUUUCCUUGAAUUAUGAGUGCAAGGUACUAGUAACUACAAGUAUUUGUCGAUUAGUGUAAGUUAAGUUGAAUCGUGAAGUCGCGUCGGUUCUUUCUUUCUAUGGUGAAAAGAUGGUGAUCGUGAUCGUGCAAAUUCGACGAGUGUUCCUAAGUUCCUCCUGAUCGUCUUGACUGAUGUCGGUGCUUGUUGAAGUGUUUGUUGGAGUAUCCCGAAUGAGAAUGUUUGUUUCUAUAAGAAGAACGAGAGGUAUUAUUAAGCAGGUGAAAGGCAUCAAAGAAGACGAGAGUAGGUUAUAAGAGGUGUUUAGGAGUUCCUGGAUAUACGUAAAGAAGACAGUUGAGUAAGUGAGUAUGUAGACUCUGUGCCAAAGACUGUCAUCAAUGCAUUGCUGGGGGCUCAAGAUGGAGCAAGGGAACAGACAAGGAAUUGGGGUAAACAUAACAUGAACAACACCAAGAUGCAUAUGAACUAACAAAGAGCAUAAGCACGAACAAAGACAACCCUGGUGCAAUCCUUUACAGGGAACAGAAAGAAAAAGUGAGUCACUUUGUGUUCGCGUCCACUGAAGGACCAAAACUGACAGUGGUAGCGGAGGCAGUGGUUAAUAUAGAUCUACCGAUAGAAACAACUUAGAAAACCUUUGAGUCUAAAAACAUUUCAUAAGUCAUUAAUGAGCCCUAGAUGACCUUAAGUAGACAAGACAAGCAAACACAUGGGUGACCAGAAGAGUGCAGAGCCAGGAAAGAAGAAGGCUAACCGCCCUGGUAAACAGCAACGCGUGCGAAAGCAAAAACAAGAAGCAAAAAAGGCUGAAGAAAGAAAGCGCUGGUUGGCGUACCUAAGGAAGAGGUUAAUAGAAGAGAAGAAAAAACGGAAAGUAGAAGUAGAGGACAUCAACAAGUACCAGUAGAAGAAGAGCGAACCAAUAGAGGAUAUCGACGGAGAGUUCGUCUCCUCCGACGAUGACAUCACGAAGAGAAAGGAUGUCCCUGUUACGCCUAACAGCAACAGCAGAGACAGAGGGCAGAGCUCUCUCAAAGAGAAGAGGAAAAAGGCGCUGAAAAUAAUGAUGAAAGAAGAAGAAAAGAAGGAAAGGACACGCCGCUCAUCUCAAAACAUCAGAUCCUCCUCUUCUCCUGUCGUUCGCAAAAGCAAAAACAAGAAAAGGAAUUCAUCAGCCGCAAACUCCAGACCACCGUCCAGGGGAUCAAGAGCUAAUAGUAUAAGCAGCAUCGCCAGCUCACAGCGCAGGGACAUCGACGACGAUCACAGUGACAGCUCGGACCUGGAGAAGAGAGUAGUUGAGGACGAAGAAUGGGAUCCGACUUACAAAGCCGUCGACCACCUGGCCAGGAUGCUUGCGGUACUAGAAGAUUCUGGUGUUGACCUGGACCAGCGCCAAAUGAAGACGGAAAGAGGAAUGGUAAAGGUGACACAACAGCUUCGCCAGCAGAUAGAGGAGAACAGAGCAAUUCGUGAAGCAGUAGAAAAGCUAUACGGAUCUAUCAGGCAAACCAAGGAAGACGCUGAAGCUAUGACUCCCAUCUACAACUUCGAGCUGAAACAGCUUGCAAAUAGUCUGCUAGUGGUCCAGCGAGGCAUAGACAAAGCGAGUGCUGAAAUCUUCAGUGAAAAGCUGAGCGCUGGGCAGCGAACAAAAGCUCUCGUGAACGAAGUGAAGGGCCUGCUGGCUGAUCACAAAGAUGAGCAAGCACACAGUAUUUUACGUCAGUACGGCAACAACAUAUCGUUCCUUUCGACAGCAGUACAGGAGCAGGAACUGAAGCAGAAGGUGCUACAGGAAUCUACAUCAAGCAAAAUUGACAGUCUGUGUGAGGCGAUGACCAGCAUGGCCAAGAGUUUCGGCAGUGCUAAUAGUGCGAUGAUGAAAAGACUAGAUGACCAAGACAAGAAGCAUCAGGCCAACCUAGAAAGGGUACGCGAAGAGAUGAGAAGCCAAAACUCGAAUACGAAACCACAAAUCUUCAACCUUGACGGUGGUUCCAGCUCUGCGUCCGGAGCGUCUAGUGGAACGGAAGAAAGCGGUAGCGCUUCGAACAUCAUCUACGGCAAUCAUGCAGGACGCUGGGUAUGGGAUCAAAACAUCAACAACUACAAGUGGAUUCCAAAUGCGCCCAGUUGGAUGCCGCAGCAGCAACCAAGUGAUGACCCAAUGAAUAACGCGCGGCGUUCGUCCGGAGUGAGCCACACCAGCUACAACUCAUACUCGUCUCCACCGCUACAACCUCCUGCGGGCUAUGGCCAUGGAGGACCAGGAGGACCUCCUCCUCCUCCACCUCCGCCUGCAGGCUUCGGCGGAAAGAAGAAACGCAACGUGUUUCGCUCAGAUGAUGUAGUAGAAGCGGCGGAAAAACUAGACGACUUUGAUCACUUUGAAGAAACGGAAGAUGGUCUAGUAGUCAACAUGCCAGCGUUCAAGAUUGGCUUGGUGUCGGAAUUCAAACGAUGCAAUGAAGCGUAUGACUUCAAACUAGUGGCCCAAGGAAUUGCCGCAGCUGCCUUUAAAGACAUCAAGAAAUUCUCUGAAGCAGGCACGACCAUCCCCGAAUGGAUGAGCGAGAUAGAGACCUUUCUAGGCGGCAUCCUGCAGAAAGGAAUGUACGUGUCUGAGCCUCAUGAAAUCAACUUCGUGCGCAAUUGAUUGCUGACCUACGCCCAUACUGCAGAAGAACGUGAGCGCAUCAUGGAAAAGAAGUUGAUGUCCAAGCUCGACUCGGAUAGUUUUACCCUUCAACGAUACUUCAUCUCGUUACAGAAGUUGUACCCUGGCAAGACUAGUGCUCUCAGUACCAAGAUUGCCAACUGGAGUUUGAAGUCGUGGCAACCCAGAACGGGAAUGCCCCUCUACCAAGAAGUGGACCGUCUAAGAACAGCGGCUGCUGCGGUAGGAUUUACCUUGGAGAUUACUAAAGAAGUUGCUGCUCGCAACCAGUACUCCAACCAGAAGGUAGCCAAUCUUCGCGCGUUGAUUUGGGACGAAAUUACCAACCGCAUCGUACUUGAUGAGGCAACUCAAGUGAAAAUCCUACAAGAAUGUGGCGAGAGGAACAGCAAAGGCGUCAUCGUCAAUAGACAACUACGCUUUCGUCAUCUGGAGCAGUAUGCAGAGCGAUUUCGGGAUGUCAUGGUGCAAGCAGGUGCAAUCGGCCACAAGUUAGGGACCACUACCAAGGUCCGCAGCAACAGGAUCAAGAUCGACUUGAAUAAUCCGGGCUACGACAAAUAUGGCCCAGGCGGUGCUGCGUACCGAGAUCAGCAGAGGCGCAGUAGCUUUCCUGGUGCUGGAGCUGGUAGCGGUAAAAGAGACAAGUCUAAGGACACGUGCAAUAACUGCCAACAGAUAGGCCAUUGGGCACCGGAGUGCACGAAUGCGCCGCAAUGUGCUCACUGCGGAAAGGAACACAAGUCCUACAACUGCCCUGAUAAGCCAGCAGUCCGAUUCAUGCGAUACGCUCGCAAGUUCAAGACUGGCAAAGGCAAAGGGAAGAAAGGAAAAGGAAAAGGAAAGGGUGUGUUCAUCCGUGCAGCUGCAACCAAUGCGGAAGGAGAAGAACUAGGACCACCAACAACUAUCAUCUAUGGUCAUGACGCAAUGGAUUACUACGAGGACGAGAAGAUAGUGAAGACCAACAUCCACUCCCUCUCAAACCAAGACUGGGAGGCUCUCCUGUCAGAAAUAGAAAACGAAGAUAGUCGUGCAUCAGACGAGGAAGAUGCCUCAGAUGGAAAAGGAAACGAAGACCGUCUUGGAGAACUGGUGGACGAAAAUGGAGGCUCCUCAGGGUCAGAAGAAGAUGAUAGAUCCUUCAGGCAGCCUGAGGCUUUCUAGGAUCCCCUCCGUUGAAACAGAAGAAAGAAGUUACGACCUCGGACGGAGGGGUUAGAGAGAAAUUGAAGGAGGGGUGGAUAGAAACUGAGGCACAGAAGUUGGCAUACAUGAGACAUCUUGAAGUUGCUGGAGCGUCUGAAGUUUUAGUAUCAAUAUCUUCACUUCAAGAACAAUUUGGAGAAGCAGUAAGAAGAAUCAAGAAAGGAAAGAUCAAGUCAGGAGUAGAAGUGUACGAGAUUAGAGGUGUAGAGGCAGAAAAGACGAAUCUUGUGGAAUCCUAUGAAUUUGAUGCAGACAGCGGAUCUACCAGAUUUUUGUAUGCUGGCAUCAAGUUCCUCAACAAGUACUUCACGUAUAUCGGCAGCAACGGACUGCGUCUUCAAUUGCAGCGCAUUGCGAUGACAGCUAACACCGCAGGAGGAGAAAUAGGCUUGGCAGGAGCCGUCUGGGUUCCUUACCUGUUCAGAGGCCAAGGCGAGCUGCGUUCCGGAGUGGCAGAGCUCUUAGUAGUGGAUGACUCCGAGUGGAAAGGCAGUGCGUCUCUCCUGUGCGGGACGAUGUUGCUGUUGGAACUAGGAUGUGUGUUGUCCUUUGCUGAUAGACCACCUACGAUCAGCAUGGGAAGUUGGAAGAAGAAAAUAGAAGAUGAACGUUUUGGUAUACCUCUGUUUAAUGGGUUAUCUCCUGAAGUUGUGAAAGCUUUAGGUGAACAAGUACGACAAGGACGUAGUUUGAAAACAGCAAUGAAAACCGUAGAACAACAACUGGAAGGAGGUAGUGCAAGGUUAAACACAGUUUUUGGCAUUAGGGAUCAGACAAACAUCAAUAACAACACUGCCACAUCGUCAAAGCAAAAAGGACAAGUCGACCAAGGAAAUGUAGGAGGACAAUCGUCGAGUUGGCGGAAUCCUCCUGGCGAAGAAGUAAAUGGAGGCGGAACAAACAGCAGUCCUCCAGCUUCGCAUGGACUACCAUCUCAGGAUCUACGGGUGAUCGGUAGUGCAAAAACAAUAAGCGGAAAGCCAACGGAUGAAAAGAACUGGUUCAGAUUAGAUGUAGAAGACAGUGUCUCAUACUUCGGAUACAGGCGCAUCUUCAUUGCCUGCAGAGCCGUGCCGAAGAUAGAAGGAAAAGACGGCGAUGCGGUAUUAAGGAUAGUCCGUGACUUGGAUAAUGCUAAAAGUGUCAUCGUCGAAAAUCACAACUUCAACUCGGCGGGAGCUGCGAUUCGAGGGGAGCCAAGUGUUAGAAUGAAGGCUCAAGGAACGAAGCAAGUUCCACCGGUGGCAUUUCCUACCGACAAGGUGCCAGAAGGGUUGAUCAAGAACCUACUGGUAGACUUCGUCUUCAAGGACAAAGUGGUCGGAGCAGAGAAGCUGAGGGCAGACCGGUUCGACAAGAUUCCUACACUGAAGACCCACAUCGUUGAUAGAGAAGCAACCGUCACCUUUGCAAAUCAAGUAAUGCAGCCGGCCAAUAUCCACAAGAAUCGGAUAAUCACGAUCGCAAGAGGAUACCCUGUUCCUCUGCGGUUUGCCUGUCAGAACAUGUUUCGUCUUGAGGUGAGCAUGGAAAUCGACAGGGAGGCUGAGCGCAUAAUGCGAGAGGUCGUUGGAGUCAGAGUGACCGGCUUUGCACCGGAGCUGUUGUCCAAGAUGAGCACGUUUCCGCUCGCCGCGCAAGCCGUAAACCAAGUAGAAGUCGAGCUUUCGAGAAACAAGACCCGAAGGGUAGUUAUCUCGGGAGAUGGGAUCGUUUCGGCGGUUUGCAUCGGAGAGCUCGCACAGCUUCGACUGCGGCAGAGUGGGACGAAGCGUGUCAGACACUUUAGCCUCAACUCUCUUCUUGCUGGACAGCUGAGACGCGCUACCAUCAGCGGACGAAUCGUUCCUUUUGGCGUAACGGAAGUGGACGAGAUUCAGAUGGUGGCAGAUAGGCUUAACACUACGUGUCCCAGAGACGUGCGAGACGGACUUUCAGCAAGAGAACUGGUGCUGUUUGUAGAGCUACAGCGACUUGCACGGCGCCAGGGAUGGCAGGUAGAUAAGAAGUCACUGGUGCAGCAAGUAGCCCGUCAGUGGAGAAGAGUGCCAGUUGCUGAGAUAGAGCGAGCCGCAGAGGCUUUCGCCUUCGUCCAUCUUAGAGGACAUAAUCGACUAGGAUUGCCUUGGCGAGGAUCGACAGGCACUUGGUACUCGAUUGCUCCCGAGGCGGUGUCUUUCAUUGACCAUACGUUUGUGGGUCCGCCGUGGCUAGAGGAAGUGCAAGCGAUCUCAAACCACGUGCGCUUACUUUCCCGAGAAGGACAAGGAAAGCAUCUUGGACCCAAGGGCAAACAGCCGGGAGAUGACAUCUCUGAAGAGGAGCUCAAUGGACAUCCAACAUCCAAGGACGUAAUGGCUUUCAUAAGCGAGCUACUGAAGUACGGAAAGAUGGGAAUGCUCCUAGUGCUCGAUCCAGAUCCAGCUCACGUUGCUAGAGCCGUGGCGAUGGUGGUACUUGCCGCUGGAAGGUAUCUAAGGAUCGUUUCAGGGAACUCACCACUAGCACUGGCACUCCUAGAACGGCUGAACGGAAUAAUAAAGGAACUGCUAGCGCGCUUUAGACUGAUUCCUGAGUUGAGGUGCCUUCCGUUGCAGGUGCAGAUUGACUUGGCCCACUGUGUCCGGAACGAGCGAAUGGCUUUGCAGGACGGAGUUGGAGGUGUCUAUGACCACGGUUUCUCUGCGGUGACCCCGGAAUCUAGAGGACUGUUCUACAUGGACGAAGCGCAUCAGCUGAACGCCGGGAGAGGUCUCACUUCAAAAGCAAUUGAGUUGUCGCGCGGGGCGCUCUCCGAAGUCACGCUGUCGCAGUCCUGGCAGAGAACGCUAGUGAAAAUUCACAAUCAUGCGAUGGAACCUCUUCGAGGAAUGCGGUUCAGUGCUGGUGAUGCAGUCGAGUAUGAGGAGAAAGUGUCCUCCGGAUCCUCUUUUGGCAAGUGGAGUACGGCAACCUUCAUUUGCGAAACGGGCACAGACCGUUGCCGGAUCCAGCCCACAGGAGCGGCGUCUAGGGCCCUAGAGGUCCAGAGGAGGAAAGUGAGGCCGUUACUGGAGACAGAUCGCGUGUACGGUAUGCCCGAGACCUUCCCGAUCAGCUCUGCUGAUGUUCCGCACAUGAAGCAGAUACUAGAAGAGAUCAAGAAAGGGGAAAGGCCAUUGCGAGUGGCAGGAGCGUACUUACUCCAGAAGUGCGCGGACUGUUCGGAAACCAGGGCCAUCGCUCUCAAGAGCGUGGUUGGCAAAUUCACGCGCUGUAGCGAGCUCACGGAUACGUGGUGUGGAGAAGUGUCCGACGACGAUGUGCUAAGGGGAAGUACCUGGAUCUAUCCGAGACAUCGCAAGCCUGGAAUGGCUCCAUCACCUUACUUGCUGUUAGACCAAAAGCCAUCUCUCCCCAACGAACAGAUAGAUGAACAACAGGGCGAGGACCUCUUGCUUGGGGAUGAUGACCAACAGCGAGGGGUGACUUUCGGUGGCGAAGAAGUAGUAGAAAUUCAAGGCAGUCGACUGGCUCUUGAUAUGUCACCUGCGCAAGCGGAUAGAACACAGGAGUCGGCAGAGGUAAUAGACUACUGGACGAAAAAGGGCAACGUGUGGGUUAGGCACCUGAACAAGCCGAGGAAGUCGCUGUACGUGCCUACGCGUGUGCCGUCUAAGUACUUGCAGCCUGACAAUCAUCGGCUUAGCGCUAUGAGAAGGACAGAGUACCGGUUGACGUCUGAGCACCCGGAUGAGCCGACCGAAAGCUUCUAUGAUGAUUGGAGAAUAGAAGGGAAGGACAGCAGGCGUGUCGUAUCCAAAGGAGCUCUUCUUCCCAACCAGAAUGAGGAAUACGUAGGACGUGCCGUUUUCUACGAAUUGGAAAAGGAAGAAGGAGGAGAGAUCAGAACAUCUGUUCCCACGGGUGUGCGAGUGCAGAAUGUUGCCAUCGAAGAAGGUCUGCGCGACCAUUGGCAGAGAGAAGAGCCGAACCGGUGGGUGCGAGUCCAUGCUCAAAGUAGGAGUAGUCUCUUUAGCACGGAGGAGGAAGAACUGCCGAGCGGUAUGGACAAAGCGGAGUUGCGCAAGAGCAUCUGGACGGAAGUGGCUUUUGAUGAGGAGCCCGAGACCGCCUUUCGACUGGUCUUCGACGGUAAAGCGUUCCAGGACACAGAUCUUCAUUCCCGCCUGCUCAGUGAAGCUUGGACCGGCCGGACGGUUUUCUUUGACAAAAAGGACUUCGGUGAUAGAGAAGACAAAGAACAUAUCAAUACUCCGCUGGUGGAUAAUGUAGAAAUCUACGACAUCAGCAUGGAAGACUUGCAUAAAGUGGAGCAAGUGAUAGCAGCGCAAAUCCAGUCGGGGGUCAUCACUCUACCGAAGGAACCUGUCAAGAAAGCUGGCCCAACAGAGGACUUGACUAAGAUCAGCAAGUGGACGGCCAGGUCUGAGGUGAACCUUCCUGGUAUCGACAAUCUGAAGCAGAGUGCAGCAGUCGCAGAACUACUCGUUAGUGUCUACGGCAAUGUGCAGGCUACUGGAGUGCAAGUGGAAGAUGCGGAUUUCCUAGUGUUGGCUGCCCUUUGUGACGAGAAGAGAAAGUGGCUCCUGGAUGAGAUAAAGCUUUCCUGGGGAGUGCAUGCCGAGCGGUUGGACCUGAGUAGAGCUCCGGCGUUGCAUGAAAGCAGGACAGCGUGUGGGUUCUACGUCCUUCGAGAGGAGUCCGGCAGACACAUCCUUGCCAGAACGAAGAAAACGCGCUGUAGCGUGGUAGCAGCUGUUAGGUUUGAGUUUUUCGGGUACGAGCCGGUUGCCAAGGAGAACGAAAGCGAGCGUCGAAUAUUUGUGUGCAGAAAAGGAAUGACAGCUGCCAUGAGGAAACAUCUCCGUAAAAGCGGGAAGAUAGUAGAUAUCACUUCCGAGUACGUGAAUGACCACAUGGAGGCAGAAAAGUUUCUGGAAGCGGCGUACUUCAAGGAGAUGUCGGGACUGCUGACCGCAGAGUGCACCGAUGGAGGCAAAUGUCUUGAGGUAGACGUCACGGGUCAGAGUAGUCCGGAAAACGUGGGUGUGACGCAUUCAGGAGUGCAUCUAGGUGGUCGCUUUCUAGUAGACGUAAAAGCAGAGGCGGUAGCAACCUUCCUUCUGUGGGCUUUGGUCAAAGCCAGAUGGGCACCGAAUGGCUCGCACGAGAGUAAAGCAAAUCUCGAAAAGCAGGAGAAUAGCUCGCCUACGCUGUCUACUGUGGAUUUUCGGAUUCUGAUGAUUAUCGGGAAUUUUCUCCGGAAUCCUAAGGGAGGCAUAAUGGAUAUGCCUAGAGCGUUUAACCAGUCCGACAAGUACAAGAAGGAGGAGCGACCUUCCACGUCCAUCAGCAGAAUCCAGCACCAAGGUACAGCACGCUGCCUAGAGCGAGUGUUUGCCAGGAUUAGUGACGUGCUGGAGUUGAAGGGUGCAGAGUGUAUUAGCUGGAGGACAAGGUUCAUGAUGAACGUAGCGCAAUAUGGUCUGCUGGCGGGGGCCUUCCGAUACGUCCGUAGCGUAAGGAAGCGUUUUCCACAGCAGGGCAUGACCACUCCGGAGACGACUCUUUGCAUUUUCCGGAUCUUCCGUCAGCGACAGCUCUUCGCGGCUCUGGGCGAACACAUGGACGAUUUCUUCUCCGUCACAGAGGAUGGUAAGACAGCCGAGGUGAUGGAGAGAAUUGAGAAGCUGUUCCAACUGGACGGCUGGCAAGAAGUGACUGAAGUUCCACAGACCUUUACAGGAAAGGAGAUAAGCUACCACGAAUCCAAGGAAGGAAAGUACUUCUACGUUGCCAAUCCAAAGAAAAUUGGGAUGCUUGACCCUUUCCGACCGAAGGAGGUGAAGCAGGGAAUAGCAGUUGCAGAUCUAGAUCGAUUCUUGUACGACAACGAAGUUUCCGAGUUGCGAGGUGUCCGUGGCGCUGUGGGAUUCAUAGCAGAAUGGACGCGGCCGGACAUUCUCUAUCAGCACCGCAUUCUCUCCCUUGGUAACGACACCAUGCGUACAGUAGGAAGCACCCUGAGGUAUAAUCAGGUAGUUGAGAAGCUGAAGGCGACACCAGAGCAAGGACUGAAGUUUUGGGUUGACCUGGGCGACAACUUGUGUUUCCUGACGCUAAGUGACAUGUCCUUACAGGCCUGUCCAGUUAAAGGGGUGAAAGGAGAAUCGGACGAGAGGGUGCGCAACAAAGGAGUAGCUGUGGUGCUGGACAACACUUCGGAAGAAUUUAAGCAGAUGUCGGCCGACAACAUGUUUCCGCUGGUGACCUAUCUAAUCCUGAUCGCAAACCAUGAUGAGGAUUUGGAAUCUUGCAGAACCAGAGAGCCUUUCCGUGCAGUGAUUUUGGAUUGGAGCCUUGUGAGGUCAGACGCACCGGCCAAGAGCAGCUAUGCGGGUGAACUGGAUGGACACGAGAGAGGAAUGCAUCGAUCAGAAAUCAUCAAGCAUAAGCUAAGAGAAGUCGUCUUGCCAGAUGACCAUCCGUUUCACGCAGUAGAACUCAAGACUGGAAACGUUCCGGCGAUGACAGAUGGGGUUGAGGAAGACAAACGUCUUCCUGGAAGGCUUCGCUUUAAGCAGUACGACCUGGGUGAUAAUGCUUCUGCAAUCGAUCGGAUUAUGACACGAGAGAUUCCCGCUAGUGAGAACAUGUACGUGUUCAAGACGUUAGUCCGCAGUCGGAAAUUUGCCAGCAAGUUCCCGAGGACAAUGAUUCACAUCAGUGACGUGGUGAAUCUUGCGGACGUGCUUGGGAAGUUCUGCAGUCCAAAGAAUGAAAAGAUGGAGCGGUUCCGUAACCUGAUGAAUGGAUGGUUUGUGUGGGCUGUGCCUGGAGAUAGAAAGUCCACACCUGAGGGAUUCGGCGUGCUGAGGAGAUUUAACCAGGACUUGGGUUAGCUGUUCCUUGUGUGAUGUUGGUUGCCGUCCUCUUGAGGUACGCGGGACGUAGUUUAGUGGGAUCGACUCGUACUUUCUUCCAGGAGGAAGUUUGAGUUUUGACCAUUGUACUCGCCCGGCGUUCUUUUGAAGGUUGGCGUCCUCUAUGCAGGGUUACAGCUGACAUCCAAUACCUACAAGUGGGAAGACUUGCCUGCCGGAGAAGGAGACUGGAGAGAGUUUGAAGAGUUGUCGCUCGAAUAAUGUCGUGAGAUAGUAGUCAUGUAUUGUAGGUCUUAGCAUUUUCGUUCAUGAUUCAUAAACUUAAAUUUAGCUCGUAGAUAUUAAGUCAGACUUAAACCUGAUCUUGGUCAGACCAAGAGUAGUUGGGGGCUUGAGAAGCCCAGAAGUCUUUUUUAAGCGUUGAAGAACGAAGAGGAGAGCUAGAGAGCGCUCCGAGUGCAUCAAAGUAUGAAUUCAUUCAUGUUGUGUUAGUUGGCUUGUCGGAUUUGGUAAUAAGAUCAUAGAGAGGUUUUGGUAUUCAUGCUGUGUCAGAAUCUAAACUAAGACUUCAUAAGUUUUCUAAGUUAGGUUUUGAAAUAAACAAGUAGUAGGACGUCUCAAAGGAGGGCUUUCGAAAUAAAUCAAAAGCCCUUCCCACUCAUCAGCAUAUCCAUAAUUACUUUUGCUUAGGACUUAUGUAGUGCUAUUCGUGAGCGACGCCUUCACGAUUCUUUAAAUCCUUCCCGGGGGGUAUGUCGAUUAGUGUAAGUUAAGUUGAAUCGUGAAGUCGCGUCGGUUCUUUCUUUCUAUGGUGAAAAGAUGGUGAUCGUGAUCGUGCAAAUUCGACGAGUGUUCCUAAGUUCCUCCUGAUCGUCUUGACUGAUGUCGGUGUUUGUUGAAGUGUUUGUUGGAGUAUCCCGAAUGAGAAUGUUUGUUUCUAUAAGAAGAACGAGAGGUAUUAUUAAGCAGGUGAAAGGCAUCAAAGAAGACGAGAGUAGGUUAUAAGAGGUGUUUAGGAGUUCCUGGAUAUACGUAAAGAAGACAGUUGAGUAAGUGAGUAUGUAGACUCUGUGCCAAAGACUGUCAUCAAUGCAUUGCUGGGGGCUCAAGAUGGAGCAAGGGAACAGACAAGGAAUUGGGGUAAACAUAACAUGAACAACACCAAGAUGCAUAUGAACUAACAAAGAGCAUAAGCACGAACAAAGACAACCCUGGUGCAAUCCUUUACAGGGAACAGAAAAGAAAAAGUGAGUCACUUUGUGUUCGCGUCCACUGAAGGUCCAAAACUGGCAUAUUUGUAAAUAUGACAAUUAUUGUGAAAUAGUACAAAUUCAUCAGUGUGCUUGCGCAGUCCUCGUAUCAGAGGUAAGACGUACGAACAAAGUUAAACUGCACAGUCGCGCAAGCAGAAGAUUCAAGACUUAGUCGUGAUCUACGACCUUCUAGUACCAUCUCUAAUCAAAAAAAGAUGUCAUUCUACUCCUGGACACGUUUUUUCAAGUAGUUUUGUGGCGUGGUGAGCAGGUCCAACACUGGUUUGAGCUUGGGUAUCAGGAGAAGGAGGAGUACGCGAAUUUUAAGGAACUUCUUAUCGCACCAGCCGAGGACGCUAGGGAGAUACUGGCGGAACGAUUUCCAGUGCCCAAAUACAUCCAGACAUACGCGAAUGGAAGUCAGUUAUGAAGGCAUGUAGUGAUCACCGAUAUUGAGUCUUUGGAACAGGAGUAGGGCCAGAACUAGAAGUUAUAGUUGGAGGUCAAAACAUUUGUACUUAUAGCUACUUGAGGAGAAUUGUAGCACCUUCGGUCUCUCCUUUCCUCUCCUACCAUAGACUCCGUAGUACCCCAGCCCCUCUUUCAUACUCAGCACGUUUCGUCUUAAGCCGCGUGAAUCCUUCACGGACGCACAGAACCGACUCGUCUCAUAUAGCGGACAGCACAACCGUGAUUACGGAUGACGUGUCUCUCCGAACUUUCAUGGAGUCGCUGAUAAAAUAUGCGGUCGCUUCCUGA